AUGAAGAUCACUCAAGCCUCCCUCCUCUUGUCUAGUUUGGCCUCCGUUGCCUUGGCCCAAGACGCAAACUGUACCACCGCAAAGACCGACACGAUCUUCAGUAUUGCCGCAGCUACCAACCGUGGAGUUUGUGAUAUUACUCGCGCCAGCAGAAUGCCAGAUGCUGAAUACAUCGACACCGGCUUCGUGUUGAUCAUUCCCGCUGAAGUUUGCAGUCCGGAUAACGAAUCCUGUCUUCUCACUGCCUCAGAUGACACAACUUCAUGUCUUUACGGAGGACCCCAUACAUACACUACUGUGCGUAAUGAUACCGUUACCAAGAUCGCCUUAAAAUUCAACAUCGAUGUUUCUGCCAUCUCAGCCGAUGUUAUUUCCAUGCUCGGUGUUUCAUCCGUCGAUGAAAUUAUCGCCGCUGGUAGUUUGAUGAAGUUGCCUCAAUGUAGCCCUUCCGAAUGUUCUGUUCAGCCAAUUCAGUUCACGUAUGGUGUCUAUAAGGAUUUGGCCGAGAAAUACAAUUCAACCGUGGGUCAACUAUUUGGAUUCAACACUGGUUAUCGUUAUAGUUCGUCGAUUGAAUCUCUAUCGCCCGUUCUUACUAUCCCAAUGAACUGCAGAGCGAUUUCAGAUAAUAUCACUAUUAUCUCUUGA